CCUCCGUCUGUCUCCCCGAAACAACCUUCCAGAUAAACCCCUCGACUGCAGGAAGUAGACCGGCCGAUAAGUUGCAUCAUCCGAAACGGCCAGGAGCUACUGCUGGACCUUGAUUCACGAUGCAGUCCGGAAUCUCAGUCUCUGAUGAGCUUCACGAAGCCUUCAGGAACUUCGUCUCCGAUGAAUCCAUCUUCUGUCUUCCCGUAACAAUCAAGUCGGAAAGCCUGUCGCCCCUUUCCCCGGUUCCUUUCGCCUCUCCGAACGCCUUCUACCCAUCUCUUUCCCAGCUCUCAUCCGUCCUUGAACCCAAGACUCCCCUUUACCUCCUCAUUCGUCGCCCUGAGGGUGGUUCAUCCUCCCUUGUGGCUUUGACCUACAUUCCUUCUAAUGCUGGCGUGCGCGCUAAGACUCUCUUCGCCGCAACCCGCGCCACCUUGGCUAGGGAACUGGGAACGGAGAAGUUCGCUUCCACCAUCUUCGCUACGGAUGAAGAUGAGGUCAUUGGUGAGAAGGCAUGGAAGGAGCGGGAUGCAGAGAAGAAGGGUACCGCGGGCGGUUUCCGACGGGAGGAUCUGAUGGGCGAGAAGGAGCGGGAGUUGGAGGCUGUGCGGAGAGCCGAAGAGGAGGCUCGUAGCGGCACUCCGAGCAGAGAUAUCGGUAUUGGUGGGACGUUCAACAGAGCAAACCCAUUCGGUGGUGCGUCCGUCAAGAUGAAAGUGGAUGAUGAGGUCAAGCAGGCCCUCGAAGGGUUACAGCAGGGAGGCCUGGUUCAGCUGGCCAUUGAUGUCCCGACGGAGGCGAUCAAGGUUGCUGCCGCUGAGUCCGGAGUGGAGGCGAACUGCGUCCAGUCACACAUCCCUUCGUCUUCUCCCCGGUACACACUUUACCACUACCCCGACUCCGACGUGGUGAUCUUCAUCUAUACCUGCCCCUCGGGUUCCUCGAUCAAGGAGCGUAUGCUGUACGCCAGCUCCCGGAUGCAUGCAAUCACUAUGGCUGGCGAUCAGGGCCUGAAGAUUUCAAAGAAGAUCGAGGCAUCCUCGCCCGAUGAGAUCACGGGCGAAAGGUUGCAUGAAGAAGUCCACCCGCCCCAGGACAACGGACCGAGUCGGGGAUUUGCGAGACCGAGACGUCCGGGUCGGUAAAUCUCCGUGCGUGGGUAGAUGACCCC